CUUUCUCCCGCCGCCAUAACACACUCUGUGUUUCUUCUUUAAUAUCUGCUUCAGCCGCUGUCGAAUUUCUAGGGUUUUCUGAGAGGGUUUUUGAACUGCUCCAAAAUCUUCUGCGAACAUGACAGGAGAGGCAGUGAAUCCAAAAGCUUACCCUUUGGCCGAUGCACAACUCACAAUUACAAUACUGGAUCUUGUUCAACAAGCUGCCAACUACAAGCAGCUCAAAAAGGGUGCUAAUGAAGCAACCAAGACACUGAACAGAGGGAUUUCUGAGUUUGUUGUGAUGGCAGCGGACACUGAGCCCCUUGAGAUUCUUCUCCAUCUUCCUUUACUUGCUGAGGAUAAGAAUGUUCCCUAUGUGUUCGUCCCAUCAAAACAAGCACUUGGACGGGCAUGUGGGGUCACCCGGCCAGUCAUUGCAUGUUCUGUGACAACAAACGAGGGAAGUCAAUUGAAAUCCCAGAUACAGCAAUUAAAGGAUGCUAUUGAGAAGCUGUUAAUCUGAAAAUUUGAUAUUCGGUAUGAUGGGCUUCUUGAGUUGUGCUGAAUGCUCCUUCAGAGGCUUUGACUGGGCGAGUUGUUGUGUUCAACGGGAUAAUCUGAAAGUAUAUUAUUUCUAUUGCAAAAUAUUAUUUCAGUGUAAUAUUUUUCAAGUUAGUGUGAGUGAUAUUUAAACUGUUAUUAUAAAUUGUAAAACUAUAUCGUUGGGUGCCACUAGAAAUUUGCCACUACUAACAAUACCUUGUGUAAUUAAUUCCAUAUUUCUCACAUUGCCUGAGUUCGGAACCUGAAG